CGUAUCCGGGUGCUUUGGGCCGCCAAGAUGGCGCUCGUUAUAGAAACCCGGGUUCCCGCAGGGGCCGCCGCCGGGCCCGGGAGCCCGGCACCGCGUACCGAGUAGCGCUGCUCUGGCCGCGGGGCUGCGCUCGGGCCCUCGCAGUCCCCCCGAGCUCAGGGAACACCCGCGUCCUUCCUCCCCGGCGCGUCCAUGAACUCCGUGUCGCCUGCCGCGGCGCAGUACCGCAGCGGGAGCCCGGAGGACGCGCGCCGGCCCGAGGGUCGCCGACCGAGGGGACAGACCCGGGUCCCGGAUCCCAACAGCCUGGGACCUUCGGGGUCAGGCGGGGCGGCGCUAGGCUCUACUGGAAUCGACCCCUCCGAGCCUGACGAGGUGGACAAGUUCAAAGCCAAGUUCCUGACAGCCUGGAAUAACGUCAAGUAUGGUGAGCAGGGGUGCAGAGGUUGGGCAGUUAAAAGCCGGACCAGCUUCAGCAAGAUCUCCAGUGUUCACCUUUGUGGACGACGCUACCAUUUUGAGGGAGAGGGUGACAUCCAGCGGUUUCAAAGAGACUUUGUAUCUCGACUGUGGCUCACAUAUCGCCGGGACUUCCCACCCCUGGCUGGAGGCAGCCUGACCUCAGACUGUGGCUGGGGAUGUAUGUUACGAAGUGGUCAGAUGAUGCUGGCCCAGGGCCUGCUCCUGCAUUUUCUGCCUAGAGACUGGAGGUGGGUGGAGGGCACAGGACUGGCUCCCCCUGAGAUGCCAGGGCCAGCCUCUCCCAGCCGUUAUCGGGGGCCUGGUCGUCAUGUGCCCCCACGAUGGACCCAGGGUACACUGGAGAUGGAGCAGGACCGAUGGCACCGGCGGAUUGUGUCCUGGUUUGCUGACCAUCCCCAGGCCCCCUUUGGGCUACAUCGGCUAGUGGAGCUUGGGCAGAGCUCUGGCAAGAAGGCAGGAGACUGGUACGGGCCCUCUGUGGUGGCACACAUCCUCAGGAAAGCUGUGGAGAAGUGCUCGGAGGUCCCCCGCCUGGUGGUGUACGUCUCUCAGGACUGCACAGUGUACAAGGCAGACGUGGCACGUCUGGUGUCCUGGCCAGAUCCCACAGCAGAGUGGAAAUCUGUGGUCAUCCUGGUGCCUGUGCGACUGGGUGGUGAGACCCUAAACCCUGUGUAUGUGCCCUGUGUGAAGGAGCUCCUUCGGUCAGAACUCUGCCUGGGUAUCAUGGGGGGCAAGCCCCGGCACUCACUGUACUUCAUUGGCUACCAGGAUGAUUUCCUGCUCUACUUGGAUCCCCACUACUGCCAGCCCACAGUGGAUGUCAGCCAGGCUGACUUUCCCCUUGAGUCCUUUCACUGCACCUCGCCCCGCAAGAUGGCCUUUGCCAAGAUGGACCCCAGCUGUACUAUAGGGUUCUACGCUGGGAACAGGAAGGAGUUUGAGACUCUCUGCUCGGAGCUGAUGAGGAUCCUCAGCUCCUCCUCAGUCACGGAGCGAUACCCCAUGUUCACUGUGGCUGAGGGCCACGCUCAGGACCACAGCCUGGACGCCCUCUGCACCCAGCUCUCCCAGCCUGCACUGCGGCUGCCUUGCUCAGGACGCCUCCUGAAGUCAAAACGGCCCAGCUCUGAGGACUUUGUGUUUUUAUAGUGGGAAGGGAUGGGGAAAGAUGCCAGACUAUUUAUUUUUUUAUUUAUGUCGUGUCAGGUAUGGGAUCUGGAACUCCAAUGGCAGUGCUGGAUCCCUGUCCUCAUGUCCCCCAUCCUCCCCAAUACAGCCAGACCUGGCUAGGCCCCCAGCUUGGGGCUGUGCCCUUUAGCUGCCCCCACUUCCCCUCAGGAGCCAGGGAUGGAGAGUGGGCUCCAGGGCACUUACUCAGGGCCUGAUUCAAGUUCUGUAGCCUGCACUGGAUCAUUGUACUCACUGGUCCCAAGGUCCUAAAGCCCCUAUCCUGGGAGAACUGACUGCUGCUGGGUGGAGGCUGAUAAAGACAGACUUGAACACGC